AUGGAAGAAACAGCUGCUACAACCGCCGCAACGUCCGGCGCAGAACCAGAUCCCACCACAUCCGACCAACCCACAGAGGUCACGCCUCCGUUAGGAGCGCCGCAGCGCGCGGGGCAUCGCACGAUUCUCAUGGCGCUGGACUGCUCGGACAGCAGCUGGGCCGCGCUGCGGUGGGCCCUCGAGAACGUCGUGCGGCCGCCCCACGACCGCCUCGUGCUCAUGUCCGCCGUGGCGCCCGUUGUUUCGUACACCGGGAUGACCGGCCGGCCAGGCAUGCAUCUGAGCGACUCGUUCGUGAAGGACGAGAGUCACCGCCGCAAGUCGUCCGCCCUGGCCCUGCUCAACCGAGCUCGCGCCGCCUGUGCUGAACACCAGGUGGCAGCGGAGGUGCGCGUGCACACGGGGGAUGCGCGCACAGCAGUGGUGGAGCUGGCCACUGAGGUGACCGCUGACCUCGUCAUCGUCGGCAGCCGCGGCCAUGGACCGCUGCAGAGGCUGCUGCUGGGGAGUGUAUCAGAAACUCCGCCUGCCGCCGACCGGGCGGAAGCGCAACGCUCGCCGCUCGGGGGCUCUCCGGCGCGCAAUGCGCAUCUGCGCUUGUCUGCGCAAGAUAGGCCAUCUCCGCUCAGUGGUGGCAGGCGCGCGGAAGAGGAGGAAAAGAGCGCGCGCGCAAGUGCGGGGGAAGCCGCGGCAUGCGCGGAAGGUGGUCAGGCGGCGGAGAGGGAAGCUGCGGGGAAUGGAGGGGGAGAUGGCAGGGUCGGCGCAAGCGAAGGCGGCCGGGGGGGAAGCGGUCUUGGGGGAAGGGUGCGCAAGCUGGUGCGGGAAAGGCGGGAGGAGCGCUCGGCAACCCCGGAGAUUGUAGCACGCGGGGAAACUGGCGGGGGGGAGGCGGGAGAAGCGGAGAGACAGGGGAAAACGGGGUAUACGAGUGGGAAGGACGUGGGAGAGGGGAAAGGAGAGAGAGGAGGGGAGGAGGGAGGGCGGGAGGGGAGGGUUGGAGGGGAGAGCGAGAUAAGAAGCAGGAGAAGAUGGGGAGGAAAGACGGCGGAUAAGGGGAAAGUGGGGGAAGGGGUUGCGCGGGAGGAGGGGACGCAGGAAGAUGGGGAAGGGGAGAAAAGGUGGGAAGGAGGGAAGGAGGGUACGGGGAGUAUUGAAGAGGGAAAGGAAGAAGGUUCGAGUAGGAAAGAAAUAAAGGAGGAGAGGAGGGCAAGGGAGGAUAUAGAAGGGGGGGAUGGAGAGGGAGGGGUGGAUGAGAGGGAGGAGAGUAAAGGACGUAAGAGAGUGAAAAGGGGAGAUACUGAUAACAGAAGGGGUGAUGACGACGCGGGGAAGGGUGCAGCGGAGAAGGAAAGGAAGCGUUGGGCAGAAAGUAGAAAGGAUGUAAAGGUUACUGGCAGUGGUGACGGCAACCGAGGUGAUAGCAACACUGAUAUUGCUGAUAACGCUGAUGGGUCUAUCAAUCCCAAUGGUGAUGCCCGUGGGGUUACGAAGGAGGAGGAGGAGGAGGAGGAGGAGGAGGAGGAGGAGGAGGAGGAGGAGGAGGAGGAGGAGGAGGAGGAGGAGGAGGGAGAGAAGGGUGAGGGGAAGGAGGAAAAAGUGGAGGGAGAGGAGGAUGAGGAUGAGGAUGAUGAUGAGGAUGAGGAGGAGGGUGGGUUUGUGGAGUUUGACGAGCAGGAGAGGCGGAUUCCCAAGUCGCUGCGAGGCAUUGACCAGCAGGGUUCCAUGAUGGGUCUGCUGGGAAACAGAUGGGCGGGGGGGAAUGAUGGUGACGGGGAUUAUGAUGGUGAUGAUGGUGGUGAGAGGAUAGGAGAUAGAAAUGGUAGGAAGGGGCAACCCAAGGCGAUCAAAAGGGGGAAGAAGGGCAAGGCGAAAGGAAGGGGCGGAGGACAGCAGCACGAGAGGCGUGAGAAGCGGAGGCGAAAGCGGGGCAGGAGUAGCAGCAGCAGCAGCGCCAGCAGCAGUGCCAGCAGCAGCAGCGCCAGCAGCAGUGGCAGUGGCAGCAGCAGCAGCAGUAGUAGUAGUAGCAGCGGCAGAGACGACAAGCGUGGCAAGGUCAGUAAGAAGGGCGUUGGUAGACAUGGCGCGAGGAGACAAGACUCAGCGAGGCAGGGGACGGAUAGGCAAGAGGGAGGGAAGCACAAGGGAAAGAAGCAGGAGGAAGGGGAGGAGCAGUCGGCAGGGAAGCAGGAGGCAGGGAAGCAGGAGGCAGGGAAGCAGGAGGCAGGGAAGCAAGAGGGGGGGAAGCAAGAGUGGGGGAAGCAGGGGGGGGGCGAGAGUGACUAUGAGCGGGAGCUGAAUCGGCGCGAGCUAGAGGAGCUGGCGAACGGCGUGGGGGAUGGCGGGGGCAGUGGGGACGAGCAGGGCAGCAUGGCCAUGCGGGACAGUGACGAGGAGGAGAAUGAGGAUGAUGGGGGGUAUUACGGAGAGAGGAGGGCGGGGAGGGAUGAUGGUGGGUACAGGGGCAGGCGAGGGGAGGGGCGGUGGUGGAGCCGGGAGAGUGAUGAGAGUGGGGAUAGCGAUGGUGAUGGUGGGGGAGGGAGAGGAGGGGGGGAUAGCCCGAGAGGACGGGGGAGAGCAGGUAGAGGAGGGGCAGCAGGAAGAGCACGGGGGGACGGGCGGGACAGGAGAGACGGGAGAGACGAGCGGGAUGAGCGGGACGAGAGGGAUAGGUCCGUGGCAGUGGCAGUGGCAGCGGCGACGGCGGCAGCAGCAGCAGCCAAGGGCGGGGAGGCAGCAGGCGUGGCAGGCUUCAUCUCCCUCCUCCGCAGCAGCGGGGGUUGCCGCAGCGUGGACGAGUUCGAGCGCCUGAACCGCAUCGACGAGGGGACCUACGGGGUGGUGUACCGUGCGCGCGACAAGAAGACCGGGCGAGUAGUGGCCCUCAAAAAGGUCAAGAUGGAGCGGGAGAAAGAAGGCUUCCCGCUGACGUCCCUCCGGGAGAUCAACAUCCUGCUGUCGCUGCAGCACGAGGCGGUGGUGGGCGUGCGGGAGGUGGUGGUGGGGAGCAGUGUGGAUAGUAUCUUCAUGGUGAUGGAGUAUAUGGACCACGAUGUGAAGAGCCUCAUGGAGAGCAUGAAGCAGGCGUUCAGUCCGAGUGAGGUGAAGUGCCUCAUGCUGCAGCUGCUCAGCGGGGUCGACUACAUGCACGAUAACUGGGUGCUGCACAGGUGGGUGUGCUGGGGGUGCUGCACAGGUGGGUGUGCUGGGGGUGCUGCACAGGUGGGUGUGCUGGGGGUGCUGCACAGGUGGGUGUGCUGGGGGUGCUGCACAGGUGGGUGUGCUGGGGGUGCUGCACAGGUGGGUGUGCUGGGGGUGCUGCACAGGUGGGUGUGCUGGGGGUGCUGCACAGGUGGGUGUGCUGGGAGUGCUGCACAGGUGGGUGUGCCGGGGGUGCUGCACAGGUGGGUGUGCUGGGGGUGCUGCACAGGUGGGUGUGCUGGGGGUGCUGCACAGGUGGGUGUGCUGGGGGUGCUGCACAGGUGGGUGUGCUGGGGGUGCUGCACAGGUGGGUGUGCUGGGGGUGCUGCACAGGUGGGUGUGCUGGGGGUGCUGCACAGGUGGGUGUGCUGGGGGUGCUGCACAGGUGGGUGUGCUGGGGGUGCUGCACAGGUGGGUGUGCUGGGGGUGCUGCACAGCCCCAUCGACUUACGAUCUUUAAGACGUAUUCCUCUCUCACAUCCCGCCUCCCAUGCGCCCUCCCACCCUGUCACGAGCAGGGAUCUGAAGACGACCAACCGGCUGAUGAACAACCGGGGGACCAGGGGAUCUGAAGACGUCCAACCUGCUGAUGAACAACCGUGGCGAGCUGACGAUAACUUUGGAAGUCCGCUCAAAGUCAUUUUCUCCCCACCCCCUCUGGUACCCACCUUCGGAAGCAGGGACCUCAAGACGUCCACCCUGCUGAUGAACAACCGCGGCGAGUUCACAGUGUUGGACCUCAAGACGUCCAACCUGCUGAUGAACAACCGCGGUGAGCUGACGAUGACUUUCGGAGUGGAAUCGAGUUCACUCAAAGUCAUUCUCUCCCCACCCACCCCCUCUGGUAUCUAUCUAUCCACCUCCGCGAGCAGGGACCUCAAGACGUCCAACCUGCUGAUGAACAACCGUGGCGAGCUCAAGAUCUGCGACUUUGGCCUCGCACGCCAGUACGGGUCGCCGCUGCGUGCCUACACGCACAUGGUCGUCACGCUCUGGUACAGAGCGCCGGAGCUGCUGCUGGGGGUGCGCAAGUACUCGACGGCCGUGGACAUGUGGUCUGUGGGAUGCAUCAUGGCUGAGCUGCUGUGCAAGGAGCCCCUGCUGCCCGGCAAGUCCGAACUCGACCAGAUCGACAAGAUUUUCAAGCUGCUGGGCACGCCCACGGAGAAGAUCUGGCCGGAGUUCGCGCACCUGCCCAGUGUGAAGCGAGUCAGCUUCGUCCGCCAGCCGUACAACCGGUUGAGGGAGCGCUUCCCAGCGGUGGCGUUUGGCGGCAAGCCUGCUCUCUCCGAUGCUGGCUUUGACCUGCUCAACCGCAUGCUCACAUACGACCCCACCAAGGUGUGGGACCUCUGCAUGCGUGUUUAA